AGCCUAGAGCUCCGCCACCCCCGGCUGGAAGCAACACAGGAAGGAGGGUCUUGGUGGCCGGCCUUUCCUUCUGCCAGUCUCCGCGGGCGACGCGGAGUUGUUAUGGUUCCGGACCCCGAGGUCGACACGGGCUGUGGGGACUCCCGCUUGGCAGCGAGGCCCGAUGCGGACGGGGUCGUGGGAGGACGCGGGUCUCUCGCCGCCGCCGGCGUCGCGGCUGCAGGCGGGGAGUGUCGUAAAACUGUCGUGUUGUCGAGUCUGCCGCACGACAGCUUUUGUUUUGUCCACGUCUCAGCUUCCAAACCUUUAUACUUUUCUUCCGUCAUUUUCAGACCACAAGGAAGAGAUAUUCUCGCCGUUGGAUACACGUUAAAGGGCGUCCCUGCGUGUCCCCCGCCUCAUGGACCUGGCAGAUGCCGCGUGCACGGGUGGUCUUUCUGUUGAUACAGUCUGCCUUGAAGAAAAGAAAAAGGCAGAGGUCAUGGUGAUCCACUGCCUGAGAGAUUUUUUUCAGAACUCAUUGACCUUUGAUGAUGUGGCUGUGGACUUCACCCAAGAAGAGUGGGUUCUAAUGGAUCAAACUCAGAGAGACCUCUACAGAGAGGUGAUGCUGGAGAACUACCAGAACCUGUUCUCAGCAGGAUGUGAGAUCACCAAACCCAGUCUGAUCUCCUGGUUGGAGGAAGAUUUACAGAUAGGGCAAAGAGAAGACUUCCAGGAAUGGGAAAUGCAAGACACUUUGAGGGAACAAACUUCCAAUGUGGUGCAAAUGGAAGGAAGACACAGUGCUUGGGAACUAUGUGAUUGUAUGAAACAUAAAGAUAUCUUCAGAGAACAUUCAUAUUUUAAAAGGCAUAUGAAAACUGAAAAUUCAAAUGCCUGUGACUCUAAUCAGUAUGGAAAACACUUUCUCACUCUGCAUAAGAACACAUCUAUGAGACAGGGUCCUUCUGUGUUGAGUCAGUAUGCAGGAGACUUUAGUGUGACCCCAAAUGUUACUCCCCAGAGAACAGACUUGCAGGAUAAGCCUGUUGAAUGCACUGACUUCCUUAAUCAGUCAUAUUUUAAAAUACAUAUGAGAAUGUAUAAUGGGGAAAAAUUCUGUGAAUUGACUCAAUUUGCAGGAGAUUUUACAUGUUCCACAAGUGGAGCUCUGCCUAUUCAAAAAUAUAACAUAAAAGCCUAUGAAUGUAAGAUUUGUGGGAAAGUCUUUGGCUAUUCUUCAAAUCUUUAUAAUCACAUGCGAACCCAUACUGGGGAGAAGUCCUAUGAAUGUAAGGUUUGUGGGAAAGUCUUUGGGUAUUCUUCAAAUCUUAAUAGUCACAUGCGAACUCACACUGGGGAAAAACUUUAUGAAUGUAAAAUAUGUAAGAAACCCUUCAUAACUUCUUCAAGUCUAACUGAACACUUCAGAAUUCAUACUGGAGAGAAACCAUGUAAGUGCAAUGAAUGUGGAAAAGCUUUUACUAAGCACUCAGGACUUUCUACACAUAUACAAACACAUGCUGGACAGAAGCCCUAUAUAUGUAAAUUGUGUGGGAGAUCCUUCACUAUUUCGUCAAACAUGACUGAACAUUUAAGAAUUCAUACUGGAGAGAAACCCUAUCAAUACAAGGAAUGGGGGAAAACCUUCCAUGCAUCUUCCUACCUUCAUAAGCAUCUAAGAACACAUACUGGAGAGAAGCCCUAUAAAUGUGCUAAGUGUGGGAAGGCCUUCCUCACUGCCUCUUAUCUACAGAAACAUGUAAGAACUCACAGUGCAGAGAAACCUUACAAAGGUAGGGAAUGUGGAAAAUCUUGCAAAAGAUUUUAUCUAUUGAAUGGACACUUAAGAACUCAUAUGGUGGACAAACCCUUUGAUUGCAAGGUAUGUGGAAAAUCUUUUAGAAGUUCUGCAUGCUGUAAUAAACACAUUCAUCUUCACACUGGAAUCAAACCUUAUAAAUCUGUGGGAAAGACUUCACUGUUUCUUCAAGUUUAACUGAAAAUAUAAGAACACACACUGGAGAGAGGCCAUAUGAAUGUAAGGAAUGUGGGAAAGCCUUCACUACAUCCUCAUGUCUGAUUGUCCAUAAGAGGACUCACACAGGAGAGAAACCCUAUGAAUGUAAGGAAUGUGGGAAAGCAUACAAAAGGUGUUACCUGCUGACUGAACAUGUGAAAACUCACACUGGGGAAAAUUCCUUUGAAUGUAAAGAAUAUGGAAAACUCUUUGGAAAUUCCUCUUGCCUAUAAAGCACAUUCGAAUUCAUACUGGGAUAACACCCUAUAAAUUUAAGUACUGUGGAAAAGAAUUCACUAUUUCUUCUAGUCUAGCUGAACAUGUAAAGACUCAUACAGGUGAGAAGCCCUACAAAUGUAAGGAAUGUGGGAAAGCCUUCACA